AUGCCACUAUCAAAAAAAAAUUUUGGUCCAUGUACAAUUGAAAAUUGGCAAUAUGAAACUUCAAAUUUUCAUAACUUUAUUAAACUUGCAGCAAAAAAAGUUCAAAAAAGUAGAACCUUAACUAUAUUAGAAUAUUCUCAUCUUAUAUCAAAUCAACAUCAAUUAUAUAAUCAUCAUUAUCUUUUUAUUGUAAAACCAAAUAGAAAUAAUCCUAAUUAUUUUAAAAUUAAUGAAACUUUUCAAAACUUACAAAAAACAGAAAAAUCUUUUAAAUUAAAAUGGAAUAAUAUUCAUUUAGAAAUUUUAGAUGAUAAAAUAU